GGGGGCCAGAUAUAAGAAUGUUUCUUCAACUGGUUCACCAUUUUCGUUCGGUAAACCUUCUGUUUCGCGCUCACCUGCUUCAGCGCUGCACGUCUUCGCAUAUCCUCUCCUAGCAGUCUCCCGGCAAGGCAGCAGCAUGGUGCAAGAACGCAAGGCCCGAUGGUAUACCGCACUGCGAUCGAUGCGGCAGAAACAGUGGUCCGAAUUGUCCGUGGUGCUAGUGAUACUGUGCAUCUGUGUAACGACCAUCGGCCAAGUGGCGUGUAGCAGCGGCGCGGGUGGUGCAAAGGCACAAUGCACGGUCGACGACGCGCGAACUGAUGGCCAAAAUCGUCAACGGGCAAACCGCACUGCUGGGCCAGUUUCCGUGGCAAGUGUCCAUUCGGGCCGCAUUGGGCCGCUCGGUGACGGUGUGCGGCGGCUCCUUGAUCGACGCCCAAUGGGUCCUGACGGCGGCCCACUGCGCUAACGACUACACCGUCUUCCAGAUCGGGCUCGGGUCGAUCCAUCUGAACAUGGCGCGCCUAACCAUGUCCACGGUCACCAAGUUCGUCCAUCCGGAGUUCGAUCCGUGGAAGCUUACGAACGAUGUGGCGCUCAUCCGGUUGCCUUCGCUAGUGCCGUACAGCAUAGAGAUCUACCCGAUCAAGCUACCGAUCAACCACUCGCCCACCGAUCUGUACAUUGGCCGCCAGGUGACGGUAUCAGGCUUUGGACGUACAUCUGACGCCGUCCAAUCUAUAUCGACAAUACUGAAGUACGAGCGCAUGCGCAUCAUUUCCAACGCCGAGUGUACGAACGUGUACGGUGCGUCGAUCAUACGCAACACCACACUCUGCGCCGUCGGCUGGGAACGAUCGUACCAGAACGUCUGCCAAGGCGACUCUGGAGGCCCCAUGGUAAUGCAGCAGGAUGACGCGAGCUGGGUACAGAUCGGCAUCGUAUCGUUCGUGUCCAGCCGUGGUUGCAGUACCGGCGAUCCAUCCGGUUACAUUCGUACCGUUAACUAUCUCAGCUGGAUAGUACAAACCACAGGUCUUCGUGCGUUUUCGUCUAUCGUGAGCUAGACGGCGUUCCUUCGCCCUGCCUGCUCCAUCACCGCCACCGCAACACCACCGAUGCCGAUCCAAUGACGACUAGUAGAAGCAGCAUGCGUCCCUAUGCGUCCCAUCGACUCCCAGCCAUCCAGCUGGGACUGAUGUAGGUCUGCAAGGCAAAGCAAGCUAGGUCGUUCGCGUUUUAAUCAUCUUUGCCCACUGUGCAUUAUGUGGAGACGGACGAUCACUAAAUAUAAUUCACCUACUACAUUGGUACACUGGAAGCCCCUCCGAACUUAGCUGAUGCGCUAGUAUAAAGCUUGAACAGAAAGCCUGAUUGAUGAAAAAAAAUUGUCCUCCAUUUAUCCGAA